AUGCCUUCCUACACGCCUAAAUCCGUGCUCUUAGCCCUGGCUGCAUUUAACACCAUUGGAGCCUACGCAAGCCUCACAACAUGCAGUAGUAGCUCUGAGGUCCUUAGUUGUCACAAUACAACCUCAGUUUCUGACCUCUGCUGCUUCAACUACCCAGGCGGUGCCCUCCUCCAAGUCCAAUUCUGGGACACCGACCCCUCAACUGGUCCAACAGACUCAUGGACAAUCCACGGUCUAUGGCCUGAUUACUGCGACGGAGAUUAUGGAGAGGAUUGCGAUUCGUCGCGCGAGGUCUCGGACGUCGAGACAAUCCUAAAAAACCAGGGUCGCACCGAACUACUGGAGUACAUGGAAACGUACUGGCUUAGUGACGAUGAAUCAUCAAAUGAGUUCUGGGCUCAUGAGUGGAACACGCACGGGACAUGUAUAAACACGAUUGACCCUAGCUGCUACACUGAUUACACUGAGAAUGAGGAAGUGGGAGACUUCUUUCAAGAGGUGGUUGAUCUUUUCAAGACGCUUGAUACCUAUACCGCGCUGUCCGAUGCUGGAAUUACACCUUCAAACGACAAAACAUAUACCCUCGCGGAGUUCCAGAGUGCCCUUGGUGAUAUCCAUGGCGGCUAUGAGGUUACCUUGCUAUGUGAUGACGAUACAGUCUAUGAGCUCGAAUAUUACUUCAACGUCUAUGGAAGCGCUGUGAAUGGAACAUAUGAGCCCACUGCGCCUCUUAGUGAUUCAAGCUGUCCCAGCUCAGGCAUUAAAUAUCCACCCAAGGAUAGUGAUAGCUCCAGCAAAUCCAAGCGUGCUACUCGACGUCACGUUCGUCGCCAAAAGUAG